AUGGCCGACGUUGAGAUGAGCGACGCCCCAGUGGCCGCCAAGAAGGCCGACGGCGUCAGCGCCAAAGGGGGUGAUAAAAAGAAGUUUGAGGUCAAGAAGUGGAACGCCGUUGCGCUCUGGGCGUGGGACAUCGUCGUCGACAACUGCGCCAUCUGCCGAAAUCACAUCAUGGAUCUCUGCAUUGAGUGUCAAGCAAACCAAGCAUCAGCCACCAGCGAAGAGUGUACCGUUGCCUGGGGCAUUUGCAACCAUGCUUUCCACUUCCACUGCAUUUCACGAUGGUUAAAGGCCAGAUCGGUCUGUCCCCUAGACAACAGAGACUGGGAGUUCCAAAAGUACGGCCGGUAG